AUGUUUGGUGCGCGCACUUCAGCCCCGGCCGCCGGUGGCCUGACGGUUAAUACCUCAACCGCGAAUGCUUUAUUUGGAAGCAAGCCAAAUCCAACUCCAACGCCCUCUGCGGCCCCUACACAAGCUGGCGGGCUAUUCGGUAAUUUAGGAUCGACACUAGCCACUACAGGUGCCGGCGGAACUCCAUUUGGGGGCCUGGGCUCUACACCGGCUGCCGCUUCUACCCCAGGAGGUGGAUUAUUUAGCACCCAAGGAACCACAAGCACGCCUGCGACGAGCGCUGGAGGAUUAUUUGGCGGCGCUGGAUCAUCUACAACUACCCCGGCGGCGCAACCGCAGACAGGAAACCUAUUCAGUGGAUUAGGAGCUUCAUCGAAUACACUUGGAACUGGGAUAGCACAACUUCAGCAGUCGGGAGGAUUGUUUGCUGGGGUUGGAGCCCAGCAAAAACCUGCAACAGGAUCUCUAUUUGGCCCAAUUGCCACUACAUCUCAGCCUCAAAGUAAACCGACUUUUGGUUUGGGAGCGGCUUCAACGGUUGGCGGGGGAUUACUAGGCGCAUCCACUAGUCAGCCGCAGCAACAGCAACAAGGGCCCACUCUAUCCCUUUUUGCGAAUCAAAAUUCUUCCGCAAAACAGGAUCAGAAGUCCGCCGGAUCGACCGUCGUGCAAGGGGUUAAAAUCGAUGUUUCAAAUCUUCUUCCAACUACCAAGUUCGAAAGCUGCUCUGACGAGUUGAAGAAGGAAAUUGAAGCUAUCGACACGUAUAUCCUUAACCAGAUGCAUAUGUGCAAUGAAGUCUCUGAUCUUCUGCCAACAAUAUCUGCCCAAGGAUCAUUAAUCCCGAACGAUGUUGAAUUUGUACAAGGCAAGCUCGAUGCUCUCCAGGAAGCCCUCGCGAACGACGCGAAUGGAAUUGAUCAGGCGCGCAAUCUUGUUAAGGAGGAUGCCGCAAAUGCUAAACUUGCAUUCCGCUCAAUCGACACCUUGCUCUUGCCUCUGCAAUAUCAGCCACCCCCAGGUGAGAGGUGGUGGUCUUCGACACAACAACCGCAAUCGAUGUCAAAGCACUCUUUACGUACAGCCUUCGGGACUCGGCGCGCUACCCUCGCUCUUCCUGAAGACACCGAAGCAGACUCUAUCCAAGACGGCCCCAAUAACUUGGUGGACUACUUUUCGAAGCGAGGGGACGAAAUGAACUCCGUGCUUGAAGAAUAUCGAAGGAAUUUAAAAGAGAUCGAAGAUCACCUCCAUGGUGUCGAGCUCUCGGUUCAGAGGCAAGUGAAUGAACUUACGUCCUUCAGGGGCAAAAACGGCGCUCCGCACAAGCCUGCCUCCCAAGUCAGUCAACUUGCGUCUACACUAGGGGAUGUUGAAACCGCAAUUCUUGGAGUUGCUGGUAGGUUAGGUGGCGUCAAGGAGGAAGUCCAGGAGAUUAUGCUUGGCCCGCUGGGCGUGCAUGGUGGUAAAGCUCCUAAUGGGCUGUGA